AUGCCUUCCGCUCCCACUGCCACCGCCACCGCCACCGCCACCGCCAAGCACGGCCAUCCCAAAGUCGCCCUCGACGACAUUGACCUGGAGAAGCACUCCUCUACCGGCAAUCUCUUCCUCAACCACGACGUCACCAGCCUGGCAUGGCGCGACCUCACCGUCACCGUAUCCGACCGUCACACGCGAGAGGCUCGCAAUAUCCUUCACAGGUCUUCGGGGAUCGUGAGGCCUGGGCAGGUGCUCGCUCUCAUGGGACCUUCCGGAUCUGGCAAGUCCACUCUGCUCAACACCCUCGCCCAGCGCGCCAAGGCCAACGCGGGCGCCGUCCUAGUCAAUGGAAAGGAGAUCCCACUCGCCGCCCAUCGAGUCCUCAGCGCUUUCGUUGAACAGGAGGAUACUCUCAUCGGCGCCCUGACGGUCGAGGAGACCCUCGACUUCGCUGCACGCUUGGCUCUCGCGGGGUGAGUACGCACGUCGGAAGCCCAAGGAUGAAUCACAUGCUGACUCCCAUCCCAGUCGUAUUACCCGACAUGAGUCUCGCACUCGUGUCGCGCAGCUCAUCGACGCCUUCGGUCUCACCGCCCAGGCAAACACUCUCAUUGGCACUCCCAUCCAGAAGGGCAUUUCAGGUGGCCAGAAGCGCCGAGUCAGCGUCGCCACCCAGCUCAUCACCGGCCCGCGCAUCCUCUACCUCGACGAACCCACGAGCGGCCUGGAUUCGACCGCCUCCUUCGAGGUCAUGUCCUUCAUUCGUAGCGUUGCACGGAGGAACAACGUAAGUCCGACCUCUCCAUCGACCGCGGGCCGCACCCCUUUUCUAACCAACUCGUACCGUACAGUUGAUCGUGAUUGCCAGCAUCCACCAGCCCUCCACAAAGACUCUCGAGCUCUUCUCCAAGGUGCUGCUGCUUUCCAAAGGCGAGACUUGCUACUUCGGCUCGGUUGCGGACGUGUCCCAAUACUUCCGUGGUAUCGAAAUGCCCAUCCCGGACCUCACCAACCCUGCCGAGCACAUGCUGGAUCUCACCAAUGCCGACUUCAACUCCGCUGACGGUCCCUCCAGACUGCAGCACAUCUACGAAGAGUGGCAGAGCUCGGAGCGUGCUACGGAUCUCCAAGAGCAGCUGAAUGCGCUGGACGGCCCCGAAUUGCAAUUACGCGGCGAAAUGUGCUCUCCCAUGAAGCCCGUCAAGCACUCCAACCUGAUCUCUCAGGUCAUCACGCUGCUUCAUCGAUCCUUCAUCAAGAGCAACCGAGACUACCUCGCCUACUGGGUGCGGCUCGCCAUGUACAUGGGUCUCUCCAUCAUGAUGGGCACCGUGUGGCUUCGCCUCUCCGAUGCUCAGAAGAACAUCCAGCCAUUCAUCAACGCUAUUGUGAGUCGAAUGUGGAGCUUACGAAGAUGCACACACACUGAUACUGCUUAGUUCUUCGGCUCCGCAUUCAUGUCCUUCAUGGCCGUCGCCUACGUUCCAGCCUUCCUCGAGGACCGUGCCACGUUCGUCAAGGAGCGCGCCAACGGUCUUUACGGGCCAACCGCAUUCAUGAUCUCCAACUUCAUCAUUGGUCUUCCUUACCUAUGUAAGUCCGCUGACGCAACACGCGGCCGGUCUUGAAACCGCUGACCUCCUUUUCAAAGUCAUCUUUGCAGUACUAUUCUCGGUGUUCUCAUACUGGAUGAUCAAUCUGCGCUCGGACGGAAGCACUUUCAUGAAGUGGGUCAUGUGGCUCUUCCUCGACCUGCUCGCCGCGGAGUCGCUCGUUGUCUUCAUGUCCUCAAUCUUCCCGAACUUCGUCAUUGCGCUCGCGCUGAUCGCUUUCGCAAACGGGUAAGCAAUCCCACCCGGAAAGCGAAGAGACUUGUACUGACAAUGGCAAUAGACUCUGGAUGAGUGUCGGCGGCUUCUUGGUUGCAAUGCCCAUUCUUAACCCAUUCUACAAGUACGUCUUUCACUACAUCGACUACCAGGCCUACGUCUUCCAAGGCAUGAUGGUCAACGAGUUCAAGGCCCGCGACUACCGCUGCGCGUCUACUGGAUCCGGAUCCUGCUACUGCAGCUUUCCCAGCUCUACGACGGAUCCCUGCAAGAUCGAGGGCACUUCGGUCCUCUCGACCUACGGCUACCCGCUCGGCAGAGAGGGCAAGUGGGUUGGCAUCAUGAUCGGCAUCAUUGCGGUCUACCGUCUGUUCGGAUGGGGCGUCAAUUGGUACCGCAAGACAUAG